GACCGACAUGCUAUUCCGUUCGAAUGGCGAAUUGAUCGUCCAUUUUACCGAUGGUACUCGUAUAACGACUGGCUAUAAAAUCGAAGAACAACCUUUGAUCUGCGAUUGGACAGUGGAAGAGUUUCAACGUUACUUUGGAUCGAUCAAAUUAUACGAACACGGUGAUGAACUUUUCCAAGGAAACUCUCGUAGCAACAACAGCAAUAACGAGAACAACGACAACGAACUUUGGCAGGAAGAACCCUUAAACGGGAAUGGUCGAUACGAAAAUGAAAUGACGAGGAUAUUGAUCGCAGACGGCUUUGUCUCGGUCCUAUUGACUUGCCUGCUCGAGCACAAGAACUACGCUAGUGUAUCCUACGAUCAGUCAGCAGUUAGUUGCACUCUAUCGAUGCCAGCCGAUCUUCGAGUCAGCAUAUCGCGAAGAGGUCAUUACGAAGUUUGGGCGCCUGGCGAAGUUAAUCUCAAGAUUCCAAAAGUCAAACCGACGAACAGCGACAGAAGAGAUUUGCUACGUAGUACGUAUUCGAUUCCGUACGAUUGGCUCUUUCCAUUUGGCAGAAACGGCCAUGGAAUUUGCAGCGAUACAUACGACAUGCCGUUGGCCAAAACUAUUGAGAGACGCCCACCGAGAACUCUGCGGCUUCGUAUAUUGCAUGGUUUCAAAGAACCCGAUAGAAACGCCAUAAUCGAUUUACAGAAAGCUAUGGCACGCUAUUGGCGAUACUUGUUAGACAACGUAGACGAAUGUCGAAGGUAUUUCCCCGUCGAAGAGAGUGUUCUUUCCGAACUCGAAGACGAUUACAAAACUUGGAAAGAUAAUAUCAGAGAGUUCGCUCUCGGUAUACGAACGAAUAUUGACGUUGCGACUUAUGUUGAUAGUUUGCAACGAUGUCGAGUAAAAGAAAGUCCGAGGAAAGCGGAACACACGUCUAAAAGGUUGGAGGACUUGCUAGAAUCAAGAAAGAGAUAUACUCAUUCAUAUAAAAGACAAGUUCAAUGA